GAGCGGGCUGCCCUUUGCUCCCCGGGCGCGGGUCGACGCGUCGUGGGCUUCGCUUCGGGCUGCCGCGAGACAGUCCAGCAGCCAGAGCGCACGACAGCCCCUUCAAGGACGCCUCGUGGGCUUAACUUUGGGCUGCUUAAAAGGCUGGAACCAUGGGCUGCAUCUCGAGCGCGCCCGUCGAGCCCGAGGGCGACGAGUUCGAGGGCGACCCCCUCGCCGACCUCAAAAGGAGGAAGCGCGAUUUAGAGCAGGAAGUCAAGGGCGCCCAGGAGUACGGCCAGGCGCUGCUCGCGUCGCAGGCCGAGCUCUUGCAAGCCCAAGCGCAGAAGGAAGCAGACAGGAAGAAGUACUAUCGGGAGCACGCCUUCCUGUGGCGGGCCGUCGAAGUCUGUCAACGAAGAUGGUCCGACGCCGAUCACAUGGUCGGCUGCGACGAGCACGCUCUGGAAGUCUAUAAGCGCCACGUGAUCCAUACGGACUACAAGGAGAUUGUCGAGGCCUGCAAGGGCAUGGGCUGCGAUGAAAAACGCAUCUCCAAAGUCACGAACGCGCGGACGCGGCACCAGCUGCAGGACAUGCAGAAUCUCGUGGAAGCGGAAAGCGGCGUGUCGAUCUUCAAGAUGAUCCGCGGCGAGUCCUGGUCCUUCUGGACGCAGUUAGAUGACGGGCUGUCGGACUUUGCGCGCUUGUGCACGUGGCGCAUGAUGCCCGACGCGCGGCAGACGGCCUACUUUUUACAGAGGAAGAUGGGCGGCUUCUUCUCCGAUCCCGCGGCGCUGUGUGAGAUUUUAUCUACUCGGACCAAUGAAGAACUGCGAGCCGCGGCCCAAGUCUACGAGAAGGACACGGGCAAGUCGCUGAGCGACGCGUUGAAGCACGCGACGGGCGGCACGUUGUACACGGGCGACUACGGGAAGUGGAUCGCGCGCCUCGCCGAAUUUGACCGCGAGGAGGGCUGGGCCGGGAGUCCGCAGCAACUCGAGGACGAGGCCCAUCGCCUGUACAAGGCCUGCGAGGCGAAUCUGAUUUCGACCGACGAAGGGCCCUUCCUCGAAAUCCUGGCCAAGGCGUCGCCGGAGCACAUCGCGUACCUCGAACAGGCCUACGAGAACCACCCCAAGACGAAGCGGUCGCUGAGAAAGACGCUCGAGAAGGGUCUCAGUGGGAACUUCCGGACGGCUCUACUCGCGCACUGCACGCCGAAAUGGGAGUUCCUCGCCCAUAGAUUACACGUCGCUACAAAAGUCGAAGAUUUGGUAGACACGGGCACGGACGAGGAGAUCAUUUGUAGAAUUCUGGCCUCUUGCAGCAAGAACGACAUCUUCUACAACCUCAUCCCGACCUACGACCAAAUGUACGCCGAAAAAGAUAAAAAGGACUUUCAAGCCAUGAUGAAGAGCGAGUGCAGCGGCGACUUCCUCCAGGCGAUCCAGGACGUGACUACAUCUUACCCUCCGUGCGGUCAUCUGUUAGAACCCGAACGGGCCACCUACGAGGGCACGACGGACGAAACGCGGGAUUUGGCCUACCAGGCUCUACAAAUGACGUACAACUACGAGACGGCCGGGGAACUAGGUGCGCGCUACGACGCGCUGGUCGAGGCGACGGCGUGGGAUUUGCCGUUUCCCACGGAGGGUAUCGAUUCGGCGUUGUGCCCGGUCCCCGACACGGAGCCGGGCUACUCCGCCCAGCAGUACAUGUUCAACACGCCCGUCGGCGCGGGGGCCGUCCCGAAUUCCGUCGUUGAGAAAGUUAUGCAGGCGCCGCCGGUGCCCAUCGACAACCUCAUUGUGAGGUCCCAGCCCUACACGACGGAGGGCUGGUAGUCUACUAAAUACAUUUACCGCCA